UAUACGUAUGAACGUAUGAAUGAACUCUGCAAACUGAGACGAGGGGGUAAAAGAGAAGAAGAUGAAAAGAGGCUGGGCUCAUGCGUCUAAUGAGUAUGACAAUCAGCGAAAUACGUGCUCCGGUGUUCCGUUAGCUUCAUUGGACAUAUACGUGCAACCCGAGACCCGCGUCCUUCUCUUUGCUUUUUCUCCCAUUAAUCUGAAUACUCCUUUUUUUUUCAUAAUUAUAUUUUAUUUCUCUUUUCUUAUUACGUUGCCACAGCGUAAUCGGUAUUUCAGGAAUUUGAAAACUUGACUCAUCUUCACGGAAUCGGAGAUACGCACGUUAGGAUCCUACCAUUUUUAUUUAUACAAGAGCAUGCUUUUUGUUCCUUCUUUUCUUGACCAUCUUAGGGUCGACGCUGCGGCAAAUUUAUGUAUAAUUAUCGUAAUCAUCGGGACGAAAUUUUCUCACGACUUUAUAUUGUACACUCACGGCUACAAUUUGUAAAUUAUGCUUACAUCAUGUUUCACAGAAUAUCUUAAUUGAGAUAAGAAGAGCACCUUUGCACUCUGUUUUUGUUUGUCAUUAUAGAUGUGUAUGUGCCAGGAGCAGCUGUAAUGCGCAAAUCGUACAUUUGGCCACCUGCCAAAAAGUAUUCCUCGACUGCAACACGUCGUGGAUAUCUCCUGAAAUGGAAAUUGGUAAAUAAUGUAAAUUCGACGUUUAAUUUCUUAAGUAAAUAAUAUCACAUCUUAAUGAAGGGAAAUGGCAUCCAUUGUUUUGAACCAUAGGUCAAGUAGUGUUAACUUAGGGAUACCAAUUACAUUAUUCAGUAUUUCCUCGUCGGAUCGUUCGAGACAUCCGCUGCUCAAAGUUACCUUGUAAGUUUCACGGCCAGAUAAACACUUCACAUAAACAACAGCCAGAAUAUCGCGACUGUUAUUGUAAUGCUGAAAUAUCCAGAAAAGCCUUAAUACUUCAAUGAGUUUAAUUACCGGCUCGAAAAGUUUUCUCCGGCCGUAAUUUGGAAGCUUUUGAGAGAAUCAAUUCCAAGAUUCUAAAUCGUGGUAAACCGGGCGUAAAUUUGGUGUCAAAAGAUCACGAAUGUUUGGGUGGAACAGAAAAAUGUGUAAAGAUCUAAUCAAAUAUCCAAAUUGAAAAGAAAAUAUACAUCAGUGAGCAAACAUCAUUAUUUAAUACGCCGACAAUGGAGCACGCGGUAGGAUCUGUCGACGAAAUUUUAAUUUGAAUAGGUUGGCAUAAAGCUCGCGAGAGAGAGCUUUACCACCGCGCGAUCGCGGCAGCUGAUUCAACCGUUAUACUUCGUCUGCUACAACAGGUGACGACGAAAUGUCAAAAUUAAAAACAAAAAUCGUCGGAGAUUCAGAAGAUUAAAAGAGAGUUGAGGAUAAUAACUUACCAAUGUUUACGACCAAGCAGAAACUCAUAGAACGGACAGGGAAAAAUAAAAUUGGCCGAUUUGAAUUCCUCAAACUCCUCGUCGAGGAAUUCAGAACGUCGAAAUCAAAAGAAGCAAAGACUCAAGUCUUAGCUAAUUUGGCAAAUUUUGCCUAUGAUCCUUUAAACUACGAGUAUCUCCGUCAACUACGAGUCAUCGAUCUUUUUCUCCACUUACUUUCCGGAGAUAAUAAGGAAUUCGUUCGCUUUGCUAUUGGAGGGAUCUGCAAUUUGUGUUUAGAUCCAGAAAAUAAAGAAUACAUCAACCAUAGCCAUGGUCCACAGAUAAUAUCUUCCCUUUUAACAUCCACUGACGAAGAAACUAUUUUAUCGGUCAUUACCACGCUGAUGUUCUUAAUGACCCCAAAUUCCAAUCCGCUUAUAAACAGCCCCGAGACUAUACACUCUAUGUUAUGUUUCUCAGAGGAUUCAAACCCAAGAAUACGAAAUUUAGCCUCAAUAUUUCUCAAGGACUACUGUUCUGAGGUAGAAGUUGAAAAAGUUAAACUUAAUCCGCCCGCUAUAUCAGUGUCUGAAAUUCCACUGCCACGCUAG